CGGAGAGGGUGAGGGAGAGUGGAGCAUUUUGCAAGAGAGAGCCAAGCCAGUUUGAAGGCCAUUGCGAUGAGAAUCACAUGUGCUUUUCGGGUUCGGGUUCGGGUUCUCGAGAGGGGCAGUAUGGGGCAGUAGGGCAAAAGUGGAAGACAAGACUGCUCGAAAGCAGGCCCAAGAAACAGGAACAGGAAGAAUCGAAAAAACUUGACGAAACAGUACGCUGAAGCGAGAGUGAGAGAAAAGAGAGAGUGUUUUUCUCAGUAGAUAGAAACUCUGUCGCCGUCGACGGCGACGCUGGCAGAGACUGCGCUGUGGCAGAGGCGAGAACUUUCCAUGGCAGACAUGGCGACAUUGAACAGCGGCACCUUCAACCGAUCGCAUUUGUUGCCUGUGAACCCAAGCCAAUAAAUAAUUCAUAAAAAAAAUACAAGCCCUCGAUAAACAAGUUAACGAAAUUAAAUUCGCCUACGGAUUAAGUUUGUUUCUUGCCCAAAAAGUGACGCAUCAAUAUCCUGGCGGAAAAUCGGUCCUUCUGCCCUCAGAAAAUCCGAACAAAGUGCAUGUUGGAAAAACAAAAUGUAUCGGCAAACACAGACACAAAAUGAAAUGUGGCAGAAAACAACAGAAUGGUAGCGAGCUGCGUCAGCAUGGAAAUUUAAUUAGCGACAGUUCAGUUCAGCUGAGCGGCGAUAAGUCGAAAGGAUUGGAUUGCCCACUGUACAACGCCCACUGACCCGCCGCCUGCAGCCACCCACCACCACUACCCACUGGGCCACCCGAGUGGGCCAGAGGGGGUAAAAGGAGAUUUCGUUGAUUUUUGCAUGACGACAGCAAAAAGCGAAAAGGCGGAACAACAAUCGAAAUGCAACUGCACGGGAGUGUGUGUGUGUGGGAGCGAGGCAGCCUAUCUGAACCAGACAUGCGCUCUCGCUCUCAGCGACUUGAACUUGAAAACUUUUUACUGCCGGCAAAACGAGAGAGAGCGGAAGAGAGAGAGAGCGCUGAGCAGCGCCAUGAUUUUGACCACCCUUGCCACGCCCCCACCGCUGCCGCCCCCAAGAGCUUUUGACGACACGCAGCGUAGCAUAAAAAGCAGCAUACCGGGGAAAUCCCCCCAUCCCCACGUUGGCCAGAAGGUGGCGCUCGAUGCGCCAAAAAAGCUUCCCCAAACUGAAGUUGCUCGCAAAAAAUCCGAAAGAUGCCACUAUCUUCACUGCCGCCGCGACAAGCUAAAGCAACGUACUCAGGACAUGGCAGAGGAACUUGCUCAUGAGCACAACGGACUGAGAGGAAGCUGGAGCAGAACUAGCUAAGAUUUCAGAAAAUUGUUUGGCAGCUAUAUCAACUGUAUCUAUAAUCUAAUUGAAUAUAUAAACCAAAUCAUAAA